GCCAAUACACUGCGUAUAGUAUGAAAAAAAUGUCAGUGAUCAAUGAAAAUGCAUGUUUCCCUCACCAGAAAAUCCAUUAAUAGGGUAAAAUAUCUGGUGUAAUGUAAUUACUGUAACAUAUUUUUCUGCGGUAAAGAAAUAAAGACCAAUCAAAAGCGAAUCCUGUAGGAAAACAAACGCUGGGAUUGGCUGAGACGCAACACCGGUUUCCAGGCGCCCCACGCUCUGUCGGAGGAGGGAGGCGUCUCGUGAAUGGAAUGGGCGCCUGGAAACCGGUGGAAUCCGCACUGAGUGAGGAGAGCGAGCCUCUGGACUUCCAGCCGCACAGCAUGUGAACCGACGCUUUGCAUGAAGUUUAGCCAUAAACGUAGAAAAUAUAGAUCGUUUCUUGCUUCAAGGGUUUUUCGUUUUACGCGUAAGUUACAACAUUUACGCACAAGAGACGUUGGAAUCGUUUUGGUUUUGCAUUAUUUAAGAAAACGGGACUUGAAGUGUUGUUUUCUGCGGACUGGGAGUGAGAGUGGACUGCUUGGAGUCACUUACAAAGAACAUUAAGAAGUCAUGACACGACGAACGUUUCACUUGGAUUUAUCUUCAUAGAAUACGAGAGAAAAGUCGAUUAAAGCCGAAUCAACUCAAAGACCAGGACUUCAAGAGAAGUACUGGGACAUUUAUUGCAGCUUUUUCCUUGUUUCCAGUCGUUUUUAAGUCGCCCUACUUGGAUCAAAGUUUUUCUUUCCCUCCCCCCUCCUCAACUAUGGCGGCAGCCAGGUUCACCACUGGCUCUGUGUUGCUGCGGAUCAUGUGGCUGGUGUGCGGGCUGUCUUUUUCACCUAUUUCUGCCCAGCAUUACAGCAGUGACAGUGGAAUAUCUGUCCCAGAACACGGUUUUUGCCAACCCAUCUCCAUUCCGCUUUGCACUGAUAUCGCCUACAACCAGACCAUCAUGCCGAACCUCCUGGGCCACACAAACCAAGAGGACGCCGGACUUGAGGUGCACCAGUUCUACCCGCUGGUUAAAGUCCAAUGCUCUGCCGAUCUGAAGUUCUUCCUCUGCUCCAUGUAUGCCCCGGUUUGUACCGUGCUGGAGCAGGCCAUCCCCCCUUGUCGGUCGCUGUGUGAGCGUGCACGGCAGGGAUGUGAAGCAUUGAUGAAUAAAUUUGGCUUCCAGUGGCCAGAACGGCUCCGCUGUGAGGCUUUCCCCGUGCACGGAGCCGGUGAGAUCUGCGUCGGCCAGAACACAUCCGAACCCGGCAGCCCGGCCUCCUCAUCAUCUCCCCAUGCGCCCCUCCCUGUGACCCUUUCACCCAUCUUUGACAAGCCGAACCAGCGUCCUCCCCAACACAAUCCGUACCACCAGUUUUCCUGCCCUCUGCAGCUGGAGGUGCCCUCCUACCUGGGCUACAGAUUUAUGGGGGUCAAAGACUGUGGGGCUCCGUGUGAACCCACAAAACCAAGCGGGAUCAUGUAUUUCCGAGAGGACGAGGUUAAGUUCGGCCGGCUGUGGGUUGGCAUCUGGUCUAUUCUAUGUUGCGUGAGCACAUUAUUCACUGUUCUCACAUAUUUGGUGGACAUGAGGCGGUUCAGAUACCCCGAGCGGCCCAUCAUCUUCUUAUCCGGCUGUUAUUUCAUGGUUGCUGUAGCCUACGCGGCUGGGUUUUUCCUGGAGGACAAGGUCGUCUGUGUGGAUAAAUUCAAGCUGGACGGCUACAGGACUGUGGCUCAGGGGACUAAAAAGGAGGGCUGCACCAUCCUCUUCAUGGUGUUGUACUUUUUUGGUAUGGCCAGCUCCAUCUGGUGGGUGAUUUUGUCCCUGACGUGGUUCCUCUCAGCUGGAAUGAAAUGGGGUCAUGAGGCUAUCGAAGCCAAUUCCCAAUACUUCCACUUGGCUGCAUGGGCUGUCCCUGCCAUCAAAACUAUAACCAUCCUCGCCAUGGGCCAGGUGGACGGCGACGUGUUGACUGGAGUGUGCUUCGUGGGGAUCUUCAAUGUGGACGCCCUCCGAGGCUUCGUGCUGGCUCCGCUUUUUGUCUACCUGUUCAUCGGUACUUCCUUCCUCUUGGCAGGCUUCGUGUCCCUCUUCCGGAUCCGCACCAUCAUGAAGCACGACGGUACCAAGACGGAGAAGCUGGAAAAACUGAUGGUGCGCAUCGGUGUGUUCAGUGUGCUGUACACUGUACCGGCCACCAUAGUGAUCGCAUGUUACUUCUACGAGCAGGCCUUCAGAGAGCACUGGGAGCGCACCUGGCACAUGCAGACCUGUAAGCGCUUCGCCGUACCAUGUCCGGUUCACAACUUCGCCCCCAUGACCCCGGACUUCACCGUGUUUAUGAUCAAAUACCUGAUGACCAUGAUAGUCGGUAUCACCUCUGGCUUCUGGGUCUGGUCCGGGAAGACUCUGCAAUCAUGGCGGAGAUUUUACAAACGUCUUAGCAACGGUAACCACGGAGAGACGACGGUGUGAAGGUUGGAGGAAUGAAAAGGCGCAAGGCCACUGAGUUUUGGAUAUGACACCAUGAAAAUAAGGUCAAAUAGCUUUCAUUUAAACACUUUUGGUGGUAUUUUAUUUGAUUUUUUGUGUUUCCAGGUUGUGGCAACAGUUCACAACCAAACUUUUAUCUAUUAUCUAAAGAGAUUGGACACACUUUCAGUAUAUUUCCUCCUUUUUUUUUUUAAAUCAGAUUUUGUUAUCAGACGCCCACAACCAUGGCUUUUGCAUCCUUGGACCAUAAACUGGUGUAAAAGACCACACUAGUCACUGGACUGUAAUGCCAGACUGGCGAAGUUACUCUUUGCAUAUUAUCAGUUUUUACCCUCAUGUUACAGUUUGAAUGUACUCUCUGUCCACUCUUGCACUUGCCAGUGGGUGAAUGAAAAAGACUGUCCAGCAGUGUUUCUAUACUGCUGCUAAAAAGGUCAAAGAUUUGAUCCCUGCAACCGCCAUAUCCUUUGACUGUGAAUUCAUUUAUUCGGGACACCCGGACUACACAUUAAUUACUCUGCUUUUAGGUAAAGACUGGAAAGCUUUAUUACAUGUUAGAUUUUGCAGAGUACAAUCUCGUCUGUUUAAUAGGAAGAAUAAUUCAUCAACUCACAAGUCAGUCUUUAUGUGCCAAGUGGCUGCCCAGAAAUGAAAACUUUCUCUUUUUCUUUCUUUUUUUUAAAAAAAAAAUGUAUCUGUUGUUUGACAUUCUCGCCUGAUGAAUAUUCACUUCCUGUUCUGAAUGUUCACUCCGAAGACGAAUGAAGUUAUGUACUGGUUUGCACAGUUAUCUUAAGUGUAAUAAUGACUGUUACACUGCAGAUUGACCUGGAUCUAGCAUUUUAAAGAGACCACACACACACAUGCAUACACAGCCUCCUCUCUCUGUAACUGAGAUACAACAGCUCAUUGUUGGUCUCUCUGUGUGUGGUCCCUCUACUGCUGGAUUCCCCACCAGAAAGAGUUUUUUAAGCUUAUAAGACACCCAAAGCACCAUUUCAGUGAGCCAGGUUUAAUCCCUGGGAGUGCAAAUGGUUGUUCUGGAGCUCUAAUGUUAUUUUAUCCUGGAUAAAGAUGGCUGUACAUGUUCACACCUGUAUACUGCUCAGUGUAGCUCAGUUUGCUUACACUCUUUAGUUUUCACAUGCAGUGUUAAAUGGUUUUCAAAAGCAGACUGAACAUUUUAAUGUUUUUAUUGAUUUGCUGUUUUAGUGUCUGGGCUACUUUCACAGAAGUGUAAAUCGCUGAGAAGCUGCAUGUAUUUUCUCAGCGUCUGGACUUUUGCAUUUGAUGUUCUGUGUCAAUGUUCUGUGUCUGGAGGUCAAAGAUCAGCCACGUGGGAAUAUUUUUAUUUGAAGAAUGCAGUGGAGGCAGUCGGUGCAGCAUUUUACAUUAUCAGAGACAGAAUCACCUCAUUACACAAGAGGUUAAAAGUACUAAGUUGAUUAUUUUUAUAGAUUAAAUGGGACAUUACGUGGUCUCAGCAAUGUUACAUCAAAAUGACUUUUUUUAUUUAACUUUCAGCCUUUUUUUUGCAGGAGGGAAAUAUGCUGUCGUAGAAAUAAUGACAGGAGUGAGGAAGUUCAGGUACUUUCUGUGGUAGUUUUAUAAAUGUCUUUUAGUUUAACUGAGUAAACUCCACAAGUAGGAUGUCUUCACUUAACAGUGCAUCAUAUGUGACAGUUGAAACCAUUAGCAAAAAUAAUACGUCCACUUGUUGCUUGUAGUUAACUGGCCAUUCGAAAUGAGUUCACCUCUGAAACCAAACAAUGAAAUUAGCAGUACAGAUUGUGGGGAAGCUGAAUCAGCUUCAUGGCUGCGUAUCAGCAAGCCUCUGUUUCUUGUCACAUUUCCUCUACAUGUGUCACUCAUAAGUAAUGAAUGGAAGCACUCUGCAGCAAUGAGGGACAACUCACAACAUUAUGACCUUCCAUAGACUCGGUAUUCUAGUUAUUUGAAUUUGUAAAGACGUGUCCUGGUACCACAUUUAUUAAUACUAAAAAAAAUGUGCAUACUUUAUACUGGUCAUCUUAUACAUCAGUUUGUAUAUAUACAGUGCCAUGUUUCCCAUGUGAAUGUACUACAUACCUCAAACCCUGGUUAAAUUCUACUGAAAGGACUGAGUUAGGAAGCACUUUACUCAGUUGUUUCAGUAUUACUCAACAAACUAGUUCUGUUACUGUCUUGAGACAACUGAGAUCAGCCAAUGUCAAAGAUACCAGACUGACAUGUUCGUAUUGUACUUUUUUCAGAAGGAAUAUGAAUGUUUGUAUGUGUAUUUUUAUCUGAACAUAUGCAAACGAGCAAAUAAACACAAACCAGAUGUUCAAAGGCUUAAUGUAUUUAUGGGGGAGGGGGGCUCAUUUUGUCUUUUUUAAAAAACCUUUUUCCUUUUUUAUGAGAUAAGCCCUUUGUAUGUGUACAGUUUGAAUAAAAGUGAUAAAGUUCGUAA